GCAAAAAAUGGCAAUGCACACUCUUGGAUGACGCUGAGCCAAUGCAUCCAAGUGCCUGCGACCUGCUGGGUGCCAGCUAUCUUCGGCUGACGACGGCAAACAUCCGCGUCAUGGAGCAAUCCUCCGAUGUCACAGCAGUGGCUCAUCAGGCCAGGGACGAUCAGAACCGCAUCAUCCUCGCUGCCAUUUCUAGCGGCUUUAGCGACUUUAUGUACAACCUCCUGGCCUCCAUCCAGGCCACCGUGGGCACCACUCGACACGCCGUCGUGAUUGCGGAGGACGUUUCCAGCUAUUUCCAGAUGGAGGAGAAACUUCCGGGCCAGGUCCUGCUGGCCACUGAAGAUCUCUUGACCUUUGGCAUGCACAACGCACGCGAAAAGCUUGAGGGCGAUAAACGUGGCCAAAGUUACGGCAGCACUCUCUACCUUUUACUUAUGCGUGCUCGUCCGAAAUAUCUCACACGCAUGCACGACACUGGCGUACACAUGCUUUUUGUUGACGCCGACAUUGCAUUUUUUGAAAAUCCCUAUGCCUGGAUGGAUGCCAACUUGAAGCAGUCCUAUGACCUCCUUGCUUCCAACGACCAUGCCAACUUGCUCUGCGCUGGCUUUGUCUACUACGCCAACACCUCGGUCAUCACGCGCUUUCUCGAGGUCUGGGACCAGCUGGUGGCGCAAGGCGACGGCCGCAACCAGGCAUCUUUCAACAAGGCCCUCAAGCAUCCGGAUGUCACGGGCAUCCAGUUCUAUGAGCUGCCCAGCAGCAAGUUUCCGCACGGCCGCUACUACUUUAAAAAGCACUUUGCAGAAAUGCAAGCAAACCCACCCAUCAUGGUGCAUGCCAACGGCAUGUCCGGCGGUGAUCGCAAGCGUAACGCCUUGCGUCGCAUCGGCAUGUGGAAGCCCGAGCAGUUUGGACAAGACUUUGUUGAAGUCCAUGACGGGAGCGCCGAUCAAGGCGAUGACGACGACGACGACGCAGAUGAUAAUACCACAGAUUAACAAUCCCCUUCCACACAGGCGUGCUUCCACACACUUGUCAGGUCGCUGCCCUUGCGUGCCCAAAGUGGUUCGAGACCGAAGAGCCACAAGGACCAAUAGACUCAGCUGAAGCC